AGGGUCUGGUUAUAAUUAACUCUCUCUAUAUUGAGGUUUCAAACCAAUGUCUGUGUAUAAGGAGUAUCUGUAUAAUGAGAGGUGCCUGUGUAUAAAGAGAGUUGGGGUCGGUGCCCGUGUAUAAGGAGAGUUGGGGUCGGUGCCUGUGUAUAAAGAGAGUUGGGGUCGGUGCCUCUAUAUAUAAGGAGAGUUUGGGUCGGUGCCUGUGUAUAAGGAAUAUUUAGGCAGGCCCCUGUAUAUAAGGAGGGUUGGGGUCGGUGAUUGAGGGGUCGGGCUGAGCGGUGGCUGCAGCGCUGGUUGGUGCCACGUGGGGGAGGCGUUGGCCGCGUGAUCUCCAGUUCAUUGCGGUAUAAAAGGAAGAAACAGAAGCGAAUUCUCAGUCUCCGGGAAGGGUCGGCGGCCCCGGGUCUUAGUCUCGUUCAGACUCCGAGUAAAUGAGCGACACCGGCACUUGAGGUUCGGAUCCAUCUGAAGCAACAGACAAAUGUCUCCCGGUACCGACAGCAGAAUCGUUGGACUUCGGGACAAGAUCGGAUCAGUAAAGUUUCUAUUCGGCUCCAGCCCGAGGGACCUGCGAUUCUGUCGUCAGAGGAUCUGGAUUUAAUCGCAGCGACUGAACCCCGACAGGUUUGUGCAUUUGUUGGGAGAAAACCCAGUGAAGUUACCGAGUUGGACAAUGGGGUCCCCUCACUGCCCCUGAGCCCAUAGUUUGGGUUUAAUGCUGAACCCCAUGAUCCCAACCAGCGAAUCAGAGAUCCUGUCACCCCAGAAUUUCAUGAUUAACUUUGAGAACCCCACAGAGAUAAAGGGGGGACUGUCCCCCAUGGAGUGCUGGGAGAACUGCAGUAACAGCACCUUCACUAAUGGCAAUGGCACCUGGGAAGGAGGACCCCCUUACUCCUUGGAGGUCACCCUGGCCCUCAUCACCCUGGUGGCCCUUCUCAUGCUUUUCACUGUCUUUGGGAACGUCCUGGUUAUUAUCGCCGUGUUCACCAGCAGAGCCCUAAAAGCCCCCCAGAACCUGUUCCUGGUCUCGUUGGCUUCAGCAGACAUCCUGGUGGCCACCCUGGUCAUCCCUUUCUCUUUAUCCAAUGAGGUGAUGGGCUACUGGUACUUUGGGAAGGUUUGGUGUGAGAUCUACCUGGCGUUGGACGUACUUUUCUGCACCUCUUCCAUAGUUCACCUGUGCGCCAUCAGCUUGGACCGUUAUUGGUCCAUCACCCAAGCCAUAGAGUACAACCUCAAACGCACCCCUCGUAGGAUCAAGUGCAUCAUCUUCAUCGUCUGGGUCAUCGCUGCCGUCAUCUCCUUCCCACCGCUCAUAACCAUCGAGAAGGAAAGUGGCAAAGUGGAGAUGCCCAUCUGCAAAAUCAACGAUGAAAAGUGGUACAUUAUCUACUCCAGCAUUGGCUCCUUCUUCGCCCCUUGUCUCAUCAUGGUCCUGGUCUACAUCCGAAUCUACCAGAUUGCCAAGAGCAGGACCAGGAUCCCACCCGGCAAGAGAAACAACGCGGCCAACGUAGAGGCAAAACAGCACAACGGCUUGACCGACAAAGACUUACCUGUUAAAUUAAAUGGGGAAAAAGCUGGGGGGUCUGGGGGAGACCAUGGGAAAGAGGGGGAGGCCAACGGGGUUGACAUGGAUGAUUCCUCUUCUUCUGAGCACCAGGAGGACAAUCCGUAUCCAGCCAAGAAAAAACAGGACAAGCUUUCAAGAGGGAAGGGCAAAACCAAGCUGAGCCAGAUCAAACCAGGGGACAGUAUCCCUAGGAGGGAAGAAGAGAGGGACCCCAAAGUGUCCAGGUGGAAAGGGAGGCAGAACCGAGAGAAGAGGUUCACCUUUGUCCUGGCUGUGGUUAUUGGGGUGUUUGUCAUCUGCUGGUUCCCCUUCUUCUUCACCUACACCCUCACUUCUGUGUGUGAGAGCUGCUACGUCCCCGUCGCCCUCUUCAAAUUCUUCUUUUGGUUCGGUUACUGCAACAGCUCCCUGAACCCCGUCAUUUACACCAUCUUCAACCAAGACUUUAGGAGAUCCUUCAAAAAGAUUCUGUGCAAGGGGGAGCGCAAACGGAUUGUCUGACUUGGGACCCCCUCUCUGAAUGGAUCUUACAGAUCACCCCCGUCCAUGAAACAGACAUGUUUAUUAACCCCAUCAGGGACAGUAUUUGGGGGGGCUUGUAUCAUAGACGACUAACUGUCACAUCUUUGCAUUGACCUGUCUGACUUCAUUUUGUAACAACAACACGAAUGCUGAAAUAUAUUUUAAUACUAAAGUCUCAUUCUGUAUUAUUAUUUGUAUAGUUCACAGAGUUUCAUAUAUAAAGGCACCCCUGUCCCCUAGUCUCCACCCCCUGCUGUAUAGACACAUUAACCCUCUCUGACCCACAACUGCCUGUAAAGAACUGGCCUAUUGAUUGUAGGAAACAGCUGCACAGCUCUGAGAUCCAUUUCAUUGAAAGCUGGAGGGCUGAUUUCCAUAGUUCCUCCUGCAUAUUUCUCCCUUCCCUAUUCUCUUAUCUCUGCUGGAGACUUUAAUGCUCUGCUCCAUCUAAAGUGCAAAGUGUUUAACUCUAUCCUCUCUAUUCCAGGAGGAAUUGCUGUGUUGUUGCUUUCAGCACUGAUUAGGUUAAUUCCUAUUGUACAGAUUAUGGAGGUGGCAACAGGUUGUACAAGGAUGCAGGUACCAGCAGUAAACGGGUUAAUGUUGAUGUACAAGGAUGCAGGGUGAAAGGCCAAAGCAGUUCCCAUAGGUUCCAUCACUGAAUGGGUUAACGCUGCUGUACAGGGAUGCAGAGUGAAGGAACAAAUCAGUAACAGUGGGUUUGAGCAUGAAAAGGUUACAUUUUUGGCAUAGAUUUACAGAGAAUGGGCACAAUACUGGAAUACUAAAAUACAGCACAGAAUAGGUUAAUGUUUUGCACCGGUAUAGCAAUCAGUAAUACUGAAAUCCUGUGGUGAAAAGGUUAAUGUUGACAAUGUUGUGAUGCUAGGAUACAGCAAUGAACAGGUUAAUGUAUUUCCCCACAGAUCUAUAGAAGAUGAGGACAAUGCCUUGACUCUAAUUCAGUCAUUAACAGGUUAAUGUUACUGUGCACAAAUGCUGAGGAAGUGUCUAACCCUGUAACAGUGGGUUCUGGCAGUGAAUGGGUUAGAGUUAUGUACAGGGGAGCACAGCGAAUAAACAGUAACAGUGGGUUCCAGCAGUGAAAAGGUCAGUG